AUGGCUGACAGUUCAAACUCAUCCACGUCUUCCAAGCGUGAUUCGCUGCACACGGCGGGAACCGUUUUCUUCGUCUCCUCAGAUGGCCGUGUUCUCAAACUACCAAUCCCCAGCAAAUCGCGACGCGAUCCACUAACUUGGAGUCGCUCGAAGCGAACAUUGGCGUUUUGCGCUUUGCAACUAUAUUCUGUGGUUGCCUCCUUCGAAGUGAAUCUGCCCGGCCUAUUGAUACGAGCAGUGCAAAAUGAGUUUGAGAAAGAUGGCAUCGAAAAAGCUAGCUUCCAAUCCCUCUCCGCGGCCAUGACUCUCUUUACCGGCUUCGGCUACCUCCUAGGGAUUCCUCUCUCCACUGCAGUCGGACGACGGCCCGUCUUCGUAGGAGCGGCUGUGGUGACCAGCGCGUCAACGCUCUGGGCUGGCUGUGCCCCGAGCUUCUGGCAUCUCCUCGCUGCGCUCUGCUUCCAAGCCUUGGCUGUUGGCGCGGCCAUUGGCAUGUGUCUGCUCAUCCUAAUUGACGCGACGUUUAUCCACGAGCGCCCCAACGCCUUGUCCCUGUACUGGUGUGUGGGAUCAGUCUUCAUCAAGCUCAGCAUGUUGAUCCUGCCCUUCAUCGCAGACCUGAGCACAUGCUGGCGGUCCGUGUACCAGAUCUGGCUCGGCCCGUGCCUCGUCGCAACCGUGGCCGUUCUCCUUUUUGUCCCAGAGACGUAUUUCUUGCGGCCGCCCGUCUCUCUAGACGGCCGGAUCCUCGUGCAAAGCAGCUCUGAGAAGGUGGAGGUCUAUAAAGACUGGGGCAGAUAUGAGACAGAUACGGCCGAGCGACCUCUGCCAGCUUUGCCCGCCUCCAAUCGUUUCUGGUCUCGUCUCAAGAUUUCGCGGGCACCAGGCACAACCUGGAGUGCGGCUGUUGCCGCGUACAUGCAAAUGCUACUAUGCAUCCUCAACCCGCUCACAUUCUGGGUCUCUCUUCUUACUGGAGUUAUCCUCAGCGGAGUCAUCUUUCUGAACCUCACUCAGCCCAGCGUUCUUACACAAAGUACCCAAGACCCCGAGGCAAUCAGUGCGUGGCUCGGCGUCGCUGGUAUCAUCGGGUCCAUCUUGGCGUUUCCAGCCACGGGUCCUCUAGCAACUUGGUUUGCCCGGUACUACUCUCUGCGAAACGGGGGUGUUCGCCACGCCGAAGUCUAUCUGCCGGCCUUUGCCAUCCCCGUCGUGACGGGCUUGGCCAGCGUCUUGAUCAACGGCUUUGCCAUUGAGAAGCAGUGGAACUCGGGAUGGCUCUAUACUACCUCCGCCAUAAGUAUAUUCAGCUAUCUAACAGGAAACGUUGCGUUCACGAUUUGGAUCACCGAGGCCUUUCCGCGCUGGGCGGCCGCAGCGUUGGCCGUCCAGCUAUUUACAGGCAACAUGGUCAGUUUCGGUCUCGCCUCGGCCAUCUUGCCCUGGACGACAUCUCACCAGAUUAUGCAGCCCACUAUGCUCAUCAGCGUCCUGAUCGCCGUCUUGGGCAUUCUGGCAGUUCCCAUUGCUUUUUGGGGCAAGAAUGUGAGGCAGUACAUUGACGGGUGGUCGAGUGAUUCGGAGAGGACUGCUCUUCGCCCACAAUAA